GGAAAAUUGAUCUCGUCGCUGUUUUGCACCGUAAACAAACCACUUCAAAAUUUUAUGCAGUUUACCGUAAAAUAGCUAAUUAAAACGGCACUAGGCGGUGCAAGUUGUUGCGAAUAUUCGUAACCAAGUAGUGUUUCUAUCGAUUGAUGUUCAAAUCGGCAGCUACCGUAAAUAAAUAGCUAGGAAAUAAGUAAAAUAUUUCCAUUGCCAGGCCCUUUUUUUUUCAAGCGGUAGUAAGAAGAAGAACCAUCUCAUACGCAAAAGUGCAGUUUUCUUUUCUCUCGACAAUUAAGGCCAGUUUUUUCUCUAGCACAGAUGCUUCUAGCUGUGUUUAACCCCGUUGCGGAAGCUGCUGGUUUCUAAAGAGGACUGCAGUUUGCGGUCCAUCGUGCAUCCUGUAGCAGAAUUUUCCGGGUGUAGACGGACGCACGAACGACUAGACGGAAGGGUUCAAGUUCCGCUGGGGAGCAGCCGCAAUGUUGACCCAUAAAAACAACCAGGGAGGCCGGAAGAAGAUGCAGGUAUCGUUUGUAAUUCGAGACGCAGAGGAAAAGCGGCACCGGAAUGGCGUAAAUGCCCUGCAGUUAGACCCGGUUAACGGGCGGCUUUAUUCGGCAGGGCGCGAUGCCAUCAUUCGGGUAUGGAACUCAACGCAGAUCAGCUCGCAGGAACCGUACAUUCAAAGUAUGGAACAUCACAACGAUUGGGUGAACGAUAUCGUAUUGUGCUGUGGUGGACGGAAUUUGAUAAGCGCCAGCUGUGACACGACGGUCAAGGUGUGGAACGCUCACAAAGGAUUUUGCAUGUCGACACUGCGAACGCAUCGAGAUUACGUUCAGGCGCUGGCGUAUGCUAAGGAUCGGGAACAGGUGGCCAGUGCAGGCUUGGAUAAGGCUAUAUUUUUGUGGGAUGUUAAUACAUUGACGGCAUUGACUGCCUCUAAUAACACAGUUACGACAUCGAGUAUCACGGGAUCGAAGGAUUCAAUCUACAGUCUUGCAAUGAACCCCUCCGGCACGAUAAUCGUGAGUGGCUCCACGGAGAACACGCUUCGCAUUUGGGAUCCUCGUACGUGCAACAAAAUCGCCAAGCUGAAAGGUCACACCGAAAAUGUGAAGGCGCUGGUGGUGUCCGAGGAUGGUACGCAGGUCGUAUCGGGCAGCUCGGAUGGAAAGAUCAAGCUGUGGAGCAUCGGACAGCAGCGAUGUAUUCAGACAAUCAGUGUCCAUUCGGAAGGUGUUUGGGCUCUACUCAUGACGGAUAACUUUACGCACGUAAUUUCCGGUAGUAGGGAUAAAAAGAUUGUGAUGACGGAACUACGCAACCCGACGAACAGUGUUUUGAUCUGCGAGGAACGAGCACCUGUGCUAAGCUUGUGCUACAAUAUUGAUCAGACCGGUCUCUGGGCAACCACUUGGAACAGUGACAUCCGUUGCUGGAAAUUGAACAAAACGGAUAAGUUGAGCAACUAUAACUACAGUAGCAACAGCAGUAUCAACAGUAACAGUGGAGGGGGUGCCUCUGAGGUCGCGACGAUCACGAAUUCGACAACAUCGCUGGGUUCUGCUAAUGCCGUUAAUACUAAUGGCAGUCAGGGAAAGGGCUACGAAGUGGCCUGCAUCAAAGGUGGUGCAGCGAUAAAGAAAUAUCAUGUGUUAAACGAUAAGAGGUUUAUGCUGACAAAAGACAGCGAACAGAAUGUGGCAAUUUACGAUGUGUUAAAGGUCAAAAAGGUGGAGGAUUUGGGAAAAGUUGACUACGAAGAGGAAAUCAAAAAGCGCAGUCAAAGGGUUCAUGUUCCAAACUGGUUUACGGUUGAUCUAAAAACGGGAAUGCCAACUAUUGUCCUUGGCCAAGACGAAGUGGAUUGCUUCGCAGCAUGGGUUUCAGCCGAGGCUGGUCUUCCAGAGCAUGCGGAGUCCGGUACGGAUCCAAAAGUAAACUACGGUAGUCUUCUGCUGCAAGCUUUACUGGAAUACUGGAAGCCACCGCCACCGCAUCACCACUUGCAGGGCGGUCCCGACAUGGAAAACGGCUGUGACGGUGACAUACGAGGCAACGAGUAUUUCAUCAUCCCCAAACACACGCCAAUCAUUUUCAGUGAAGUUGGUGGAAGAAACGUGUGUCGAUUGCUUGUGAAGGAUGCCGCCGGAGAGACUGAAAGUGCUCUGCUGAGUGAAACCGUUCCGUCCUGGGUGACCAACGUUGUAAUCGAACGAACAAUUCCCAAGUUCAUCAAACUUCCCUUCUACCUACUGGCGCAUCCUUCAAUGCUAAAGCAGGAUCGCAGUAAAAAGCCUAAUUCAUUAAACCAGGAACGGCUAAUCGCGAACGAGUUCAUUCAGUGCCGGAAAGUAUGUGAGCAUGUUUUGGAGAAGGUAUUGGGCGCCGAUCUGCCGGCCAGCACUGGUAAUUCCAACUCGUCUCAAAACAACAGCCAAAGUGAUGCCAACUCCGAAGGUAGUCAGGUACCGGCCGAGGAACGAAUCGAGUUGUUGUGCAAUGAUGUUGUUUGUGAUCCCAACAUGGACCUCCGAACGGUGCGGCAUUUUAUCUGGAAACAGUCUUCGGAUCUCACCUUUCACUAUCGCACCAAGUCAAAUUAGAUAUCGUCUUCGUCGCGAAGAUGUUGAUUCGCGUUACGUUAUGUUGAUUUCCAGCUAUCAUUUUGCCUGCACUUACUGAGCAUGAAAUGAGAGGAACCGCUCCUGCUAAAACUGGGCGGAAAUUGGCGUUUCUAGAUAGAAUAUAGAAGUGUUAUGUUUUUAUUAAAUUAUUUAUACACCAAGCAUUUUUUUUAGAAAGAGUUCAGUACACCACUUUCCAUUUGCUUGCAUUUUGUUUCGCAACCGCAACUGAUAAUUCCUUCUAAUGGAAUUUAUGUUAAAAAGUGGUUUAAUUAUUGCCAAUCCAUUUAGGGAGAUAACAACUGACGAAAACAAACGGAUAGCGUGUAUGUGUAAGAAAGGAAACAGAUGAUUAGAGUUUAGCAAUGAACUGUCACGAGACAGAAUGUCGGUUAUCUGUCGUUAAAAAAUGUCGAUGAUAAUUACCUACAAAUUAUAAUCGUUACAAGGAGAAGCAACUAUGAGCAUUAGAAUGCUGCAGAUAUACAGCUUACGACUUGAUCUGCGCUAAUAGAAUCAACGAAAAAUGGAAUAAAAAUAAAUAU